AAUAAUUGUGAUAAGAAGUAACAACCCCUCUAAAAAAAGACGCAUUGCUUACGACGUGUUCACAUUGACGCCGUUACAAGUCAAAAAAAACUCAUAACCACCGCCGUUUGGAAACGUGGACCGUGGCACCGUCAUCAGCCAGCGCCAACUAACGCCGUCAAUUAAUUGUCGUCUCCACCUUCCUCAAAAUCUGAACUACUGUUCGAGAAGAAGAAUCACAACUCCUUUUUCUCUCUCUACUUUCUCUCUCUACUAUCUAUACACACACAAACACAGUGUAUAGUAUAAUUAUUUACAUAUAUAUGCGUAACACGCACUCGCGAACACAGUAUCUCUGUUUCUUCCUAGGGUUCGUGAGCGGUGAAAACGGUACCGUUCGAUCAUGUAACUUAUUGCAAUUGAUUCCCUUCGUAUUUGCUUUUCCGAGGUCAUUGAUGUGAAAGGAAAUUAGCCAUAGCUAUUCGCUUCACUGACCUGUGUGUGAGUACAAUGGGAGCUGCUUGUUGUAUUGCUGCUAAAGACAGAACUAUAACGAAUGGAUCACCUGUCGAAACUUUGCAAAGGCAUUCACGCAAUUCACCGACAUGGAGUUUCCGAUGGGAUAAUCGUGGACGAGUAGCUGAGGAAGAGACACCUGCAAAUUGGUUACAUAACGAUGGAGGUGCCAAAACUGGUACCUCGGUUGAAACGGUGUUUGCUUCAGAGGAGGGUAGUCCGUUAGAUAGUUUCCGUUCACUUGCCUGGCAUAAGUCUCCAGUUUCAGAAAGAAAUGGCGGAAUAUCAAUGCCCCAAUCUUCUGAUCAAGCUAUUUCCCAGAAUAUUGUAGAGGUAAAGGAGUCAAGAGGCUCCCCAACUGUUUCAUACCCGUCACCAAUGAAGCUCUCUCCUUCAGUCCCUUCAGUCUCAUCCACGUCAGCAUCUCCUCUCUCUUCCCAAAGCCACCUCCUUCAUCCAAACUCCACCCCUUCAAGAUGGCAUAACCACCGUUCCCCCAGACACCGUUUACUACGUCAAGUGUCCGACAGCAGAAUUAUCCCAGAGUACAAGUCUCCAACAUUCUCAAUAUGCGAGGGGAAUGAAUCCUCAACUAGGGGAUCUAAUGGCGGCUCUUCAGACAGUUGGUCGAUCCCUUUGGCCACCACUCGGAGAGAGAGAUGGUCCUUUGAUAGCGAAUCAUUUACGAGAUCCAGUGAGCUUAAUUUUAGAUCUCCUUCGUUUGAGCUUCAAACUUGUGGUAUUUGCACCAAGCUUUUGAUCGAGAGAUCGAAAAUUAUGUCUGCGAAUGAUCUUGCUGUGGUUUCUGUUUUGACCUGUGGGCAUGUUUAUCAUGGUGAAUGCUUGGAGACUAUGACACCUGAAAUCGACAAGUACGACCCCGCUUGCCCCAUUUGUACCUUCGGAGAAAAACGGGCUGUGAAGAUGUCUGAGAAGGUGCUGAAGUCUGAAUUGGAUUCCAAGGCUAGAAAGAAAUUUAGGAAACGUGCUGUUGUCGACUCUGAUGUCAGCGGUGAUGUCAUGUAUCGUAAAAGUGGAGUUGAUCCAAAGAUGUGCUCAAGUUCGAGCAUGAAGAGCAGCUCGAGCUCUAUAGGGAAGCCUUUCUUGAAAAGACACUUUUCUUUUGGCUCGAAAACGAGUAGAUCGUUUUCGGAUAAUCAAUCAACUCCGAGAAAAGGCUUUUUCUGGGCAAGAUCUAGCAAGAGUUGAGCUUUUUCAGCCCUGUUCUUAUUGGUUUUAAAGUAAGUGUUUUAUGUUUCGAUUCUGUUACGAUUAUUGAAUAUUACGAGACGAACCGGUUUGCUGCUUAUGAUACAUCAGCCCUUCAUUGAACAAUGCACUAUAGAAGUGAUGAUAGCUACUGCAGAGUGCAGACACACUGUAAAGAAGGGGGGGAUAAAUUACUAAUGAAGGUCCAAUUCAUUAUUAUGUUGGAAAAAAGAUAAAUGGUAGUAAUUGAAUUAUAAGUAUGUAUGCUUUCGUUUGUAUAAUGAUGAUUUUUGGUUGUUUUUU